AUGGCCUCAACAACAGCGCUGCGCUAUUAUGACACACACCUCCUAGUGACACUUAAAGUACAGAGAAACCCCGCCUUACGGCCACUUUUUUCGGCCGCUUAGCAAAAGCUGUCUUACACUUUCUUGUAAAAAAAAAACCCUCGUUAAUACGGCCAAAUUUUUUUCGCUUAUUGGAUUCCACUGGAGACGCAUCUGACCAUGCAAUAGCUGGGGUUUUACUAGAAGAGGGGCCCCUGUCUGUCUCACUUCACAUACCAACCGCAACACAGAAAAAAACUAUGCUCAAAUAGAGAAAGAGUGUCUUGCGAGUGUAUCCUGCAUGGAUAAAUGGCAUUACUACUUGUAAGACAAUCAUGAGAUCACAGCCCACUCAGACCACCAACCCCUGGAGACAAUCUUUAAGAAACCCUUGAGUAGAGCCCCCCGCAGAUUGCAAAGAAUGAUGCCGAAGUUGCAGAAAUACCAGUUCACCGCUCGUUAUAAGAAAGGGAAAUAGCUUUUUGUAGCAGACACUCUGUCUCGCGCAGUCACCAAUGUUCAUGAUGACACAACCCCGACAGUCAUUCAGGAGUGCGAAGUGUUUCGUGUAGAACUGUGGAUGUGGGCGCAAAUAGAGUAAAAGUUCGAACAAUGAACCAGAUCAGAGAGGAGACUAGGCUUUUGUACAUUAUGCUAGCAUUUUUUCGAGCAUUUUAGUGAGGCAAAAGUAAGGUGGAGCAUUAUUCGAGCAUUUUAGUGGCAUUUUCCCCGGAAAAUUAAUUUUCCCGAGAAAAUAAAAUAGAAAUUAACUUUUUUCAGGAGCCCACGCCCCAUGAGCUCCUGCUUUUUUAAACAAAGUGAAGACUAAAAUUCCAAAUUCGCAAAAAAACUAAUGCAGCUGGGUUUUUUGGCUGUAUUUAUGAACUUGUACACGUUGUCGUUGUUACUUGCAACACUUGCACGUUUUUGUAAGUGUAAACUUUGAAAUUAAUUUAAAAAACCCGUUUGUAUAAUGAGCAUUAUCCGAGCAUUUUAGUGACUUUUUUGGGGAGACCGAGCAUUUUAGUGGGAAAAAUGGAGCAUUAAGGUGGAGCAUUUUAGUAGGGAAGCAAAAGCAUAAUGUACAAAAGCCUAGAGGAGACUUCAAAAGAUCCUGUUCGAGCAGUAUUGCAUAAAGUAAAUCUGAGUUUACUGGGAUUCAAGAGACGAGAUCACAGUGUAUGAUGGAAUCCUUUAAAAGUCUCAUCAAGUUAUCGUACCCACAUCCUUGCGACCUGGAAUGUUACGGAAGAUACACAAAGCUCACCAAGGCGCAGAUAGCAGUAUACGACGAGCACGUGAAUCAGUGGACUGGCCAGGCAUGCAAGCAGCAAUCAGGCAUACAUGUUCAUCUUGCGGAGUUUGUGCCCAGUACUUAAGGGAGCGACCUUGAGAACCCAUGGGGUCACACGACAAGCAUGUGAUAAAACAUGGAUUAAUAAAACAUGGAUUAAUAAAACAUGGAAAGAUGUGGAUUAAUAUAAUAAAAUACAGUCAACAUAAGCAAAUGCAUGAGUUCUUGUUCUGCUCACUUUUCAGAACCAGUAAACUAUUGAUUCUAAUGAACCAAUGAGUCACCUUUUCAAAUAUUAUUUUUGUUCUAUGAUGCAGGUCCGCUAACAACGCUCUCGUGAAACUAAAAACAACAACGACGACAAAAAGUAACGUAAAGUAACGUUAUUCAGCGAGGGUGACACUUCACAAUUUCAAGCGCUAGUAUAAAAACAAAUGGCCCUCUGAGUGACUCCAACGGACUCGUGUUGAAAAUAAUUAUGUUUUUCUUUCUUCACCAUUUUGUCGGCUUGUGAAUACGUGGCGUUUAACUUUCUUCCAACGUGUUCCACGUGUUUUCGGAAAUGCCUCGGCAUUGUCCCGGCGACUGGUUGGCUAUAGGUUUUGCUCGUCACUCCUUCGUCAUGCGCAUUGCUAUGGCAUGGAAGGGAAAUGGCGAAAUACCAGAUCUUUUGGGAUUUCAGGACAUAUGAAUAGUCUUGCAACAAUGCAACAACAUGAUUAACGACUGAUCACUUUUUUAUUCCCUGCUUACCCCAUUGUUAUUGCUUGAUGUAAAUCAAAUCUACCUCCCUAAUCAAGGUAAAAAAAGUUUAAAAUCAGGUCAGUAAAAUUAUAUCAAAGUAGAAAAUGUCACAUCACGGUAGUAAAAUGAUAUCAAGGUAGAAAAUGUUCCAUCAUGGUAGAAAAAUGAUACAGUAUCAAGGUAGAAAACGUUGCACCACGGGAGUAAAAUGAUAUCAAGGUAGAAAAGUUCAAUCAUGGUAGAAAAAGGAUAUCAAGGUAGAAAUUGUCUCAUCACGGCAGUUCAAUUAUAACAAGGUAUAAAAUUUUCCAUCACGGUAGCUAUAAAGUGCUAUCAAGGUAGAAAAUGUUACAUCGCGGUAGUAAAUUGAUAUCAAGAUAGAAAAUGUUCCAGGACAUUAUCCCUACAGCUACCAGUCAGGUCGUCUCAAAACUAGCGUGUCCCGGCGUUGCACAAGAAAACAUUGCAGAAAAGAGAAAUAGGUCAAAGGUGCAGUACGAAAGAAGGCAUUAACCCCUUUUAGAGAGUUCAUAGAAGGGAAAAAAGUGUACCUCGAACCCCGCCCCACAACAAGUCUCAACCAUAGAUCUAUGGGGAGGUAGUAGAAAAGCCCACACCAAGGUCUUGCGUGGUCAAAACAGCGAUGGGACCAGUUCACCGUAAUCAUUGCCUCAUCAGGAGAGCGAAAGCAGGGCCAGCUGAUGGAUACAGCACAGUGAUGGACUAGCUUGAAAUCGCAUCUACGCAUUCAGAGCCAGAACAGGAGAGACAACCACCAAACGCUGACUCAACAGGGGUAACAAUGCCCAGCACACCUGGAAUCGAAUCAGAAGACAUGUUGUCUGCAACGAUAGAAUGUGGACCGCCCCGAUCACAACGUGAGCCCGGACAGCCUUCAAGAUUCAGAGACAACGUCAUGUAAAACAACUGUUCGUAUCGAUUUCGUUUCAGGAACUACGUCAAGUCGAGACUGUUUUAAAAGCACUAGUUUUCUUUGCUUUCUUUUUCUUGUUUUUGUUAGAGGGAAGGUGUUACUCAACUACGUAUCACAUGCUUCGUUGAACCAACAUGUUAUUACCGUAUUAUCGCAAAGACCUUUGCAUACUUUAGUCCUUUGCGCACCCUGUACAUAUUUACAGAUGACAGCGCAUUAAAUAUUCCGUAACGACGUUACGGGGGGAGGGGGAGGGGGGGCUAGCUUAUAGUACUAUUGAGCAGUUUUAGCAUUACUUUGACCUGCUGAUAAUUUUCUCAAAUUGCAUGUUUAGGUAUUGUUGGAUUGAGGAAGGAUAUCUAGUUUUUAGUACUUCAUAGUUGUUUACAGUUUUUUUUACAUUCAAUUUUAUUUAUUUAUUUAUUUAUUUAUUUAUCAGGACCCUACUGUAAAACACUUAAGUGAAUCCCGGGUCCUGAAUAAAGAUUGAUUUUAAUUUAUUUAAAGGCCCCAAGGUGCCUGAGACUCAGUACCCCAAGCCAAACGUACUAAUGGCAAACCCGAUAAAGAAUAAAAAUGCAAAUGCCGGGCUUGAACAAUACCAACAACUGCCGUCUAAUGUGGAGAUCAAAAUUAAGAUGGUAAACGGUUAGUAUUUUCUCUUUUAUAGUUUCCAUUCAUUUCGACGUCUAUAUUAAACUUACAAUAAAAAUCCACCAUGAAAAUAACUCUUCUUUAUGAUGCUCCUUCUUUCAGAUAAUGUCAACGCGGUAAUUAGAAACCAACAGGGUAAGCGCAGUUUUAAACAAACAAAACAAUUAGCAGCCUUCAAAAUUCUUAUCGAUACAGCGCUUAUUUAACAAAUUUUGUCGCUUAUUAUCCCAAUACUCUGAGAAGUUUUUGUUUAGUUAACUUGAUUUUAACCUUGUGCCCAGAGCACUGGGGAAGAGAUUGACUCCAUAUGCCUCUUCGCCUCUUCUCUCCCCGGAGGGUUUUAAAUUUCCUGGACGUUAUUUUAUUUCAGAUCUGGCGAACUUUAUGUCCCAGAUGUUUGAAGGUAAGUGAAACAGCUUUUUGGAACAAAAAACUUGCUAUUUUUCUCCUUGAACUAAAAGAAUUCUGCAGUCCACAUGUGCGAGCGGAAUUCGGACUCGGCUGUUCUCAUUCGGACUUGGCUGUUCUCAAGCUACUAAGGCUUUCGAAAGCAAAUGUACAUAUCGGUACACUGCAUGGGCUGACCAGUGCGGCUGGCAGCCAUUCAGGGCAGACUCUACUAGAGUGUUCCACCUCCCAAUGAUAAGGCUAGGGGGAGCAGAGAUGGGGAGCUAUUUGGCAAAUUUUAUCGGUCUAUUUUAUUUAUUUUGUUACUACGAAAGCUGAUACGGCUUCCUGACAUCGCAUUAAUAUUUUACAAAUUCGCAAGACAUGUGAUGUUUACUUCUGUUACUUCAAUAAAAACUAAUAGGGACACUGAGGGUGCAGUCAGAGAUUGCUUUAAGCUUUCAAAGUAACUUACAAAAAAUGUGUCAGGUUCAUUUCUUUUGGAGCGAGAAGAAAACUUCUGUUUGUUUUGCCUCCGUCACCAAUAAGUAAUAGGCCAGUUGCACUGAGAGGUCACGUGACCAAUGCUUCCUUUAAACGAUGCGUUGGAAUCUUGCUGAUGCCAAAAAUUGAAAGAGCACAUAAAAAUUAUCUUACACCCGAAAUUUGAGAGGAAACGCAUUUAAGGGAGAUAUUUUAUGGCACUUUGAGUUUUCAGCAAAGCAGUAUGAUUUAUACUGGCCACCAUGUUGGAGGGCAUACUCUUACCCUCCAACAUUCCGGCCAAAACUACUUUUUGCUUAUAUCUUGUUAAACGUUUGAUAGUUACGCUCAGAUGUGCUGUAAACGUUACCACAUCAUCUUUUCAACAUUUCCCUUGAACUUUAAGUGCAAAAUUUGUGUUCUGAAAGAUGUAAUACUUAAUUUUAAAAAUCACAUUUUGGUCACGUGAUGAGCUACGAAGGAACUUACUCAUUUUAAGAAAAUGGUGCGGAUUUGAAAAACCAAAUUACUAUUAUUUUGUUUAAGAUAUGACCCACUAAUCGUUUUUUCGAGGGCAAAAUCAUAUAACUUUCAUUUUCAUAAACACGAUGUCACAUGACCUCUUAGUGCAAAUGGCCUAUUAAGGCUUUAUACAAAAGGUCUAGACUAAAGCCUGGUUUUCACUAGCGCGUAAGCGUGACCAUAAGCAUAAGCACAAGCACAUUUGUAAGCAAGUGAAAACUGGGUCGACAUAAACUUAAGCACAAAAAAAAAAAACAGACAAGUUCGUUCUUCUUGUGCAUGUGCUUAUGCUUAUGUCGUAGCUUCGACAAGUUUAAAACUGGGUCAAUAUAAGCACAAGUAUAAGCACAAGGCCGUGGACCAAUCAUAGGUCACUUUGACUCAGACCUCAUGCGAACAUAUCAAAAGCAAUAUGGCGGACGCUUCGUCCGUCAUCUUGUUCAUCAUUGGGUUGAGGAGAGCUGGUAUCGAGAAUUGAGUCAAAUUAUGCCAUUCUGCGCGUACGUGUGUCCUUAAGCUUUUGCUUAUGCGCUAGUGAAAACCAGGCUUAAGGGUGCGUUUCUUUGAGAUGAUCUGGAUCAGGUUCAGUGAUCUGAGAUCACUGAUCGGAUCAUGGUAGAUCAAAUGAACCGGUGAAUCCACUCUGGACAAGGAUUCAUCGGUUCCUUUGAUCUACCAUGAUCCGAGUGAUCUCGGAUCACUGAUCCUGAUCCAGAUCAUCCCAGAGGAACGCACCCUAAAUGUAGGCUGGCUGAAACGCAGGCUAUUGAAGUGGUGCCUCAAUAAAGAGGAGAGCCAGUUUCUUGGGUAUUUUUAGCCUGUGUGGCAGGCGUUUGAAAGGGAAGGGAAAGGGAGUUUUAGGCGCGAGCAAGAGAGGAUAAAGGCGACAGAGAAGGCAACCCCAUACACACCCUAUUCCAUAGGUAAUUCGUCUCGAGUUAUUUUUAAGACCGCAGAUCCCAAGGGGGAUUAGACAAAAGCCAAUCACAUAGUGCGAAUGUGUUCCGCGCGGAUGACCCACGCUCAGAGCCACGCGUCCUUCACGAAUUGACGAAGAACAAAAUGGCGGAAGACGCGGAGAGCGAUAUUGCUAUUCGUUUUGUCGACGAAAACGACUACAGAGAGAUUUCUGCUACACCUGUGUCAUCGAGACGGAAAUUAAAAAAGAAUUGCCCUUCCUCUCUUUUAUAG